AGAAGAAAAAAGAGGAUUCCUAAAUGAAAUUAGAAUUGAAAGUCUGUUUGUUGUUAUUGUUGUUGUUGUUUUUCUCUUUUUUACAUUCUGCUGUAAAUUAAUUCUGCCACCUCUCUGCAGUAGCAUUGUUCAGUUCUCCAGGUGGGGCCUUCUCAGAGGACUGCGGCUCACCAUGUCAGAGGGAAACGGCAGCGCAGUGACUGAGUUCGACAUCGUGGGCUUCCCUGGACUCCACCCCGAGUACUACGGCCUGGCGUCCGCAGUCAUGUUCCUGGUGUACGUCUGCACUCUGCUGGGAAAUGCGGUCUUUCUCCUGCUGUUCGCCAAGGACCGCAGUCUCCACAAACCCAUGUACCUCAUCAUUCUGAACUUGGUCGUGUCGGACAUUCUGUUCAGCACCACCACCCUGCCCAAGAUCAUCGCCAGGUACUGGUUUGGGGCGGGAACCAUUUCAUUCAUGGCCUGCUUCGUCCAGAUGUACCUUGUGCACUAUUUCGGAAGCGUCAACUCCUUCGUGUUGUUCAUAAUGGCCCUGGAUCGGUACGCGGCGAUAUGCCACCCUCUCAGGUACCCCAUGAUCAUGACGAACUUCAACGUGAGCGUUCUCUGCGCCACCGCCUGGAUCAUCUCGAAGGCCGUCCCCCUGAUGAUGGUGAUCAGGGCGUACCCACUGCCUUACUGCGCCUCGAACAAGAUAGAGCAGUGCUACUGCGAUCACAUCGCAAUCACAAUGCUGGCGUGCACCGACAGGGCUCCAUACGGCUUCCCGGCCUUCAUUGGCGCCAUGGUGGUGCUGCUCGUGCCGCUGGGGUUCAUCGUCUUCUCCUACGGCUCCAUCGUGGUGGCCGUGCUCCAGAUCGCCGGCGCCGAGGGCCGCCUCAAAAUGCUGUCCACCUGCAGCGCCCAGCUCAUCAUCAUCGCCCUCUACUACCUGCCCCGGUGCUUCGUCUACCUGGCCAGCAACGUGGGCAUCAGGUUCAGCAAGGACCUGCGCAUCGUCAUCAUCAUGCUGUACAGCCUGCUCCCGCCCAUGAUAAACCCGCUCAUAUACUGCUUGAGGACUACGGAGGUGAAGCAGGUCUUGCUGAAAAAAUUCAGGGGACAGAGGGUGCACGUGCAGAGACCAAAUAUCUCUACUCUUUGCAACUAAAUCAACGGAAUUCGAUUAUUUUGAUAUUCACUGUGUCUUUUUUUCCCUCAGAAAAGGUCAAUAUAUGCCAUUUUGCAGGUUGGAGAAACUACUACUGCCAAAUUGUGCAGUACUUUGAAGCGGGCACAACUGCAGCAGUUUCCACAAAGAGGGGACUUUUAUUGUUAGUUCCCUAGCAACGUUUUACAUCCCGUCACAAAAGGAUGCAUCACUUAAAUAUGAAUAAAACUCAUCAGAAGACAUCUUCUCUGUGUACCCAAUGUGAAUUCUAUUGAGAAAAGAAAAUAUUUUCAUUCAAUUCAGAGAACAUGUAAAUGUUUUAAUGUGUGCAUUUUGAACAUUGGGUUAAAGGGUGUAGGCCUACUCAUUACAUCAAGACACAGUAUGUGUCUUUGAAACCAAAUGUAAGGAGUAAAAGAAAACACAAACAUCGUAGUGCUGUCUUAAGUUAUAAAUUAAUACAGAAUUUAAAGUUGUCAAUUCUUCAUCGAGUAAUGUGAUGUCAUCACAAAUGGAACAUGUAGUCCCCACUUUGCAAGAUCCCAUUUUGUUCGAACAGCUGCCAACAUCAUUUGACAUUGCUGCUUUUUAUGAAGCAAAAAUGUCAAAUGAAGAAGCCAAAGAAAAGUUAUAAAAAACAUUUAAAAUAUUUUAAAUAACUCUGACCUAUCAUAUAUGUAAUUCAUCUGGUUGGUUUCACAAGUAUCAUAUGAUGCAAAAACAUGAAAGGCUGUGAUGUUUGUUAAUCACCAUCUGAUGAAACAUUUACCAAAAGAGGCCUUUACAAAAAAAUAGGCUAUUGAUGGCUGUAGAUUAUGACAUAUACUUGGCUUAAAAAUAGCGCUCUUUAUUUUAAUAAAUAAGUACAGUAAUUUUACAGCUACUAUAAGCUAGAUGGCACAUUAUUGAACUCAAUAAGUCAAGAAAUGGAACUUAUUCCCUGGUGGAAUAAGGAGCUAGCUACAAUUCAAUUGAGUGGACACCAGACUGUAGCAUUCAGUCCGCUGGAGAAGCGGAUUUGUCUCAGCUGCGCCGGCUGGUGGAGAGAGCACACGCACCUGGGCCGCGUUAGCUAAUC